CCCAGCCCUAGAAACUUUCGGGCCGGCUCAAAAGGAAAAGCGUUGUUGGUUGGUUGGCUGAUUGCGUUUCCUCGCUCUCUCCCUCCUCUCAGCCGCGUUCACUCUCUGAAACUCCCAAGAGAAAUGAAUUACCGUAUCGGAUUGAUAACGGGUGGAUCCAAGUAUGUGGUGCGGAGAACGUUGGCAGCAGCGGCUGGUAAAGCGAAGAAAGGUGGGAAAGGAGGAGGCAGCGAUGCUCCUAAAGGCUCGUCUCUGAGCAAAGAGAUCAAAUCCACUACCGUUGUUGGUGCUAACACUCUCAAAGACGGUUCUGAUCCCAAGAUCCUUCCAGACUCUGACUACCCUGAUUGGCUCUGGCGUCUUCUCCAUAUUCGACCUGCCCUUAGUGAGCUCAGGAGGAAGAACGUCGAGACUCUUCCCUACGAUGACCUCAAACGUUUUGUCAAGCUUGACACCCGUUCCAAAAUCAAGGAGAACAACUCCAUCAAGGCCAAGAACUAAGAGAGAUUCCUUCCUUUGCCCUUCUUUGAUUUUGCUUAAUCUUCUUUGAAUGUAGUUGAGAUUAUUUAUCAUCAUCCUGCUCUUACUUCCAGUUAUGUUACAUUAUCUGAGAGUCUAUAAGUUUUCUUCUUAGUAGACCCAAUAAGAAUUGCUGUUUCAUCUCUGCA